AUGAGUCCAGCUUUGGCAAAGACCCGGCAUGAUCUUGACGAUAGAUCACUAGGUCGCUAUCUUCUCAAAACUGGGAAAAUCCCCGAUCUAAAGCUACCAAUUAUGACGGAAAAGAUUGGAUACGGUCAAAGCAACCCAACCUACUUUCUAGAUGACGCAACUGGAAACAGAUAUGUUCUUCGAAAGAAGCCCCCUGGACAGGCGAUUAGCCCCGUAGCGCAUCGUAUUGAUCGCGAGUACAAAGUGCUCAAAGCACUAGGCUCAGUCAAGGGCUUCCCUGUCCCCAAGGUCUACGAUAUCUGCUUUGAUAACUCCAUAAUCGGAACUCAAUUUUAUGUGAUGGAAUUCGUUAAGGGAAGAAUCAUUACGGAUACGGAUAUGGCGGAGUUGUCGCCAGAUGAAAGACGAAAAGCAUGGUUCUCUGCUAUUGAGACUCUCGCUUGGCUUCACUCACUAGAUCCGGAUGACAUUGGACUAGAAGGCUACGGCAAAAAGGCCAAUUUCUAUCAUCGCCACUGCAGCACUUGGAGCCGCAUCGAGUCUCAGCAAGCUGCUGUCAAAGAUAUCACGACUGGGAAGCCUUUAGGCAGAGCUCAUGAGAAAUACGAUGAAGUCUUGAACUACAUAAAGGCUAACUUGCCUGGGGAGCGGUUUGCCAUUGUGCAUGGAGACUUCAAAUUCGACAAUCUGAUUCUUCAUCCCACCGAGCCAAGAGUGAUAUGUGUUCUUGAUUGGGAACUUUCUACCAUUGGCCAUCCACUUAUGGACCUCGUGUUUCACGUCAGUCCAUUCUUCUCUGAUUACACGAAAAGCGGCAAAUCGGCCUUGUCCUCGGGAGUGUCACCGUAUAAACCAGAGAAUCGAAGUACCAAUGGGAUUCCGGAGCCAGGAGAACUCCUUGACCGCUAUGCAGAAAUUGUAGGGUUCGACAUGACAAAGGAUAGGGGAGGCAACGACUGGGAGGUGGCGAUCAUCUUCCAAUAUCUGCGUGGGGCCACCAUCAGUCAUGGCAUCCAAGCACGAUCCAUAAGCGGCCAAGCAAGUAGUGACUUCGGUCAUCUAUAUUUCGACAAGACUAAGCAAGCGAUGGACGCGGCCUUCCAGCGAGUGAAGAAUUUACGACAAAAGAAAACGGGCGGGAACAAACUCUAG